UGAACACUAGCAGAGCAUUCCUUCUGGGCACAGUGACAAGACUAUAGCUGGAUAUGCUAUUAUUUUAGAGGAAACGGGAAAAUUCUAAAAAUAGGAGAUUCAUUACACCUGGUUCUUUAAGCUCACCCCUCUGCUCACGUUAUGUCCAAGAUCCCUGGGAAGAUUGGGAAGAAAAGCCCAACUAAAAAGGCUGCAGAAAACUACAGUUUGCUUAAUGUACAUAGCCACCAUUAAUACUGCCAGCUAUGGAUGAUACAUUACAACUUGGUUCCAGGAUGACAGAAUAAUAGAAAAGGCUUCAAAAGAAGACUGUUAUUUAAAAGAAAACUUGCUGUAUAUUUGUUUCUAAGAUAGAUGGGCAGCAAAAUUAAAUGAGAGUGCAGAGAGGCUGGAAAAAAUAGAGGAUAUUUAUACCUAGAAAUGAGUGUGCUAAUGAAUGCCACAGUCCCUGUCUUACAUUUAUGAAUGAAAGCAGUAUAUAUGUGGACAUUCUUACAAUUAUUUCAACUCAAGAUUUGCUGCAGGGGUCCAGCAAUGCCAAUUAAAAGCAUGCAUUGCUGGACCCCACUAUCUAACAUUUUAUUUUUAGACAAUUAAUUUUCUGUUCUACAUUCUCAUAUUUAUAUUUUGUGAACGUUUUACAUCAAACAUUUUUAAUACUAACUCUGACUCUAGUGAGCUGCAAAAAUAGGAGAGGAAUCAUCAAAGUGAAGCAAUGUGUUCAUCUGUCAUGGGUGAUGACCUUAAGGAUUCCAUGGCCACUUGCUGGAGAACUAUCCUUUAUAAUGUACUCAUUGGCGUUGUCCUUGUUCUGAUAAUUAUUAUGACCAUAUGUGGCAAUGUGGUGGUUUGCCUGGCUGUAGGCUUUGAUCGCAGACUCCGGAGCAUGACAAACUGUUUUAUUGUUUCUCUGGCUAUUACAGACUUACUACUUGGUAUUUUGGUGCUACCCUUCUCAGCUUUGAACCUGUUGCAAGAAGAAUGGCCUUUUGGAGCUACUUUUUGCAAUAUUUACACCAGCUUGGAUGUUAUGCUGUGUACGGCUUCUAUUUUAAAUUUGUUCAUGAUCAGCCUGGACAGGUACUAUGGUGUCACCGCUCCUCUUCAGUAUUCAAUAUUUGUUACUCCAGGCCGGGUGGCAAUUGCGAUGGGGGUGAUUUGGGUGGUAUCACUCAUGGUUUCCUUUCUUCCCAUCCACUUGGGUUGGAAUACAAAAGACAAAACAAUCCAAAACUCUAGGGAUGAUGAUAACAAGGAAUGUACAUUUGAGUUGAACAAAGAGUAUGUCUUAGUAGAUGGCUUACUCACAUUCUACCUCCCAUUAUUUAUCAUGUGUCUCAUGUACUACAGAAUUUUCAAAAUUGCAAGGGAGCAAGCCAAAAGGAUUAAUCACACAAACUGUAGCAAUGCUGUAAGCCCCACACUACCCACCGUCAGAGAACAUAAAGCCACUGUGACUUUGGCAGCUGUGAUGGGUGCAUUCAUCAUCUGCUGGUUCCCUUAUUUCACUGUGUUUACGUACCAAGGAGUGAAUGACACUGAAGUGGAUGAGACAGCCUUUCUAAUUGUGCUGUGGUUAGGCUAUGCCAACUCAGCUCUCAACCCAAUAUUAUAUGCGGCUCUGAAUAGGGACUUUCGCACUGCAUAUCAGAGGUUAUUACAUUGUCGACGAGUUGGACCACUGAGCCAUGAGACGCCUCUGACAUUGCUUCAUAUUCGUCGGUCUGGGGAGAGGACACCACAAGAAAUGCAAAAUAUUCCAGAAGAGAAGUCACAUAAAAUACAAGAGACAAAUGGGAAAGAAGGAAGUCCAUUCAUUCGAAACACAGCAGAGAGGGAUCCACCCAGACUGUGCAAUAAAUGUGUGGAUGUCAUGAGUUGCAGAAGAGGACUCUGGUUGCUUAACUUCUUCCCAAAGCAGAGCAUAAGGACAUCUGUGUUUAAAGACACUUCAGCUGAAACUCCUGAUGUAAUACAGAUGCCAAAGUCUGGAAUUGUGUUGUCGUCUUCACACUUCCCUGACACUAUAUUUUCGGAAUACACCUGAAAUAAAAGACUUGUUUGAACUGCUGAGCAACAUGAUGCCAAUUCCUUGCCUGAAUUCUGACUUAGCUAGGUCAUUGAGAAAAAGGACAGUGGGUAUUUUAUAAUGGGUAUUUAUGCCAACAUUUGGUUGAACUUGCACAUAUUUGUAAAUCCUUGCAAAAAAAAAAAAACUGCAUAGGACAUAGAAAUCUAUUCAUUUCAUUCACUUUAUUUUGGCUACAAAUUGUAAUGUUUUGCUAUGGGUAAUAAUUGAACACUGGGAAUAUGAUUUAUCAGAUGUAAAUUAUAAUAUAAAAUAUAGCCAGGGCCAAUAAUUCCCUAACUUCAUGAGCCGAAAUAAUAAGAUGUGUGUUGCCUCUUUGAAAGUGCUCAUGUGGCCAGUAUUCCAGUCCAUGGUUCCCCAUCACUCAGUGCUCAGCUACAUACAGUUCUCUUUCAUCAUAUCUACAACCUAUUUCCUGAGGUCCUGCAGGAAAAGUACCAAGAAUGUACCAUUUUAUGGUGCACUGAAUAUUUGCAGAAUUACAUUCCAAAACAGUGGUGCUGUCAACGAUCAUUAACAAAUUCAUGUCCCA